AUGACUCCCGAAGAUCCCGACUCUAUCAAAUACGUACAGGAUGAGAACAACCGGGUGAAGUAUCAGGAUUGUGGUGUAGACCAGUAUGGACUUAAUCCUCGAUUGAUGUCACUCACGGAUUACUUCUCGGGAAAUCUUCACCAUACGCACCAUGUUUUUUAUAAUACCAACAAUGUUUUGGCCAGACAAGGAAAGAAAACUGAAAGCCGCACGUUUAUAGACUUGAAAGUUAUUAAAGUGCGAAGUGGAAAUGGAGGCAAUGGGUGUGUUUCGUAUUUCAGAGAUGCUAACCGUCCCUCUGGGCCACCUGACGGAGGUGACGGAGGUGACGGAGGCGAUGUAUAUAUAAGUGUAGCAGAGAAGAACAUGAGUUCGUUGCAUAAAGUCAAGAGAACUUACGAAGCUAAGCAUGGAACUACAGGAAAAGGAAGUCAGUUGGAUGGAAAGAGUGGUGAGGAUAUAGUUAUAGAAGUGCCUGUAGGCACCACGAUCAGAUGGAUUCCAGAUCCUGCCGUCCUUAAGAAGUUCUUACGCCAGAGAGAAGGAAAGGACUUGGAUGACAUCAAGAUGGAGCUACGUUGUGACGAGUACGAUCAUAUUCAGUUGGUGAGACCAGGGUAUGAGCCUGGAAGUGGAUGGCUGUUUAAAGAAGGCGACAAAGAGUACUACGAGGGCCGUCCCUUUUUCCAGGAAUUGAACAAGAAGGUGAUGGAAUACGACCGCGAGCUUGUUCAGGAAGAGCUUAAAUUUGACAAGUUCCCGUUGUUGGGCCUUGAUUUGAGUAGGCCCAGUAAGAAACCUAUGCUUUUGUUGAAAGGAGGCAAAGGUGGAAUGGGAAACAUGCACUUCUUGACCAAAGAUAUCCGGAACCCCAACUUCAGCAAGAAGGGUAGAGAUGGGAUCCAAACACACUUCUUAUUGGAGUUGAAGUUGAUUGCUGACUUGGGAUUGGUGGGACUUCCUAAUGCUGGCAAAUCGACUUUGCUUCGUGCUAUUUCUCGUGCCCGACCAAGAGUGGGCCACUGGGAAUUUACCACUUUGCAACCUACUGUGGGCACGAUCUUCACCACUAUUGAUAAGGAUCCUUUUACUGUAGCUGAUAUCCCAGGAAUCAUCAAGGGAGCGCUGGAGAACAAAGGUAUGGGGUUAGAUUUCUUGCGUCAUAUUGAAAGAUCGGGAGGUUUGGUGUUUGUCGUGUCUCUCGAAUCUGAAAACCCUGUCGCUGAUCUCGAAGUGCUACUAAACGAGGUUGGUUCAAAGCGAAUGAAAGACAAAGAGGUGCUAGUUGUGGCUACGAAGGCGGAUUUAACUGACGACGGAGCUAACUACAAAAUUCUUCGUGACUACGUUGAGGCCGAAAACGGCUGGAAAAUUGUACCCGUGUGUGCCAUGAAGGGACAGAACAUAGAGAAGUGUAUUAAACUCAUGGGAGAAAUAGCCUAUCUGAAGAAUGCCAAGUUGAUGUAA